GGUUAUUCCGAAGUAAAUGUUAAACCCGGAACACUACACGCCCGCUCGACUUCCCUGGGAUCGCUCGAACUCAGAUCAAGUUAAAGUGCGGGUCAUCGCGGGACGUGUAAACACCAACUCCCAAAAUGCAUCUUCGACUAAUGUUAGUUCUUGCAAUCACCAUCGCCUGCGCCCAUGGUCAAGGACCAGCAGGUCCAACAGCACGUUACAGCACGAAGACUGGAUACGAAACGAGCUUCGAACCGGGAACCGACGAAAAGGCCCGGCGGUUGAGGGACUGGCAGGCGAUAGCUCGAGAUGUCGGGGAGAGCGAGUCGUUGACCGGCUGCAAUCCAGCAGGCGUCUAUGUAGUCCAUCGACAUGGACUCCGCUACCCAAGCGAUGGCGAUAUCGAAGAUUACAAUGCCAUCUUGGCGAGGAUGAAACUGACCGGCGUCAACGACGAGUUCGACUACCUGCUCAACAUCACGGAUAACCUUUAUCCGAUAGCUCUGGAAGGCUCUCUACAUCCUGCUGGUUUUGCUGAAAUGGAAGAGUUGGGUACAAGAAUCAAACAGCGUCUUCCAGAAUUGUUCGUCGAAGAUGGUCUCUCUGGAUUCGACUUCCAAGGCACGUACCGACAGCGGACGAUCGACAGCGCUCAAGGUUUCAUCAACGGUCUUCAAGGUCCGGAAGCAAAUUGUACCGUCUCGAGCAAAUCGUCAACAAGGGACGAAUUAACUUGUACGUUCAAUUCGACGACGAACGCUGAAACAGUAGUCAUCGACCACGCACUCGAAGGCGAAGACCUCCUGUUGAAGUUCUACGAGAGCUGUACCAACUUCAUCACCGACGUCGACGAAAACGAUGCCGCGGUGAUCGAAGUUGAUAGGUUCGGUGAGGGACCAGAACUCACAUCGGCCUAUCAAUCGGUGGCCAAUAAACUCGCCCCCAUAGGAUGGACAUCACCAUGGAACAUGACAAAAGAUGACCUUGAAGUUAUGCAUCAUAUGUGUGGCUAUGAAAGUGGAUUCUACGGCUCAUCCCCCUGGUGCAACCUCUUUUCAAAUAACGAGUCUUUGGCAGUGGAAUACUGGCUUGAUCUUAAGCAGUACUGGACAGAGGGUUAUGGCUACGACAUCAAUCACCAAAUGGCCUGCCCACUCGUUGAUGAUAUCCUAAAAUAUAUGACUUCAGUUAUGACAAAUAGAACCCAUAGAGGCAGUUUCAAGUUCGGCCAUUCAUCUACUUUUCAACCUUUACUGGCGAUUCUCGGCCUGUACAUGGACACGCCCAAACUACUCGCCAGCAACUAUGACGUCAGCGUGAACCGCGCCUGGAGAAGCGGUCGUAUAUCACCGAUGUCCGGUCACCUAAGCUUCAACGUUUUCCAGUGUCCUAGCGAGCAGUACCGCGUACUGGUUCUUCACAACGAACUCCCGAUCAAGGUCGGAAACUGCGAGGAUUUCUUCUGCGCAUAUGACGAGGUGGAGUCGCAUCUCACAACCUCUUCGGAUGGUUGCCAAUGGGACGCCCUCUGCGGCACCGAUGGAUUGUACCCCGGAGUCGGUGGCGCUGAAGCUCUUUCAAAGGUGUCCAUUUUAACACUAAUAUGUGCUCUAAUUGCGUCUUUCCCUUCGUCGCCAUAGAGCAUAUGUUAAUUGUAUUUCUUUAUCUUCCUUUUUAAACGAUCAAUGCUGAACACUCUAUUGAUGGGGUUUCUUUGAAUAUACUGAUGACGUAGUCUUAAUAGUCGUGCAUUUUUAUCGUAACAACCUCUGUACAAAUGUGAAUAAUUUGCAUACUUAAGGCUAAACCUAGAUUAUCACAAUCAACUUCAAGGAUCGAUGCCACUCAAUAUCAAACUUUCAUUGAGUAGUAAUAUUAUUUUUACUCUUUUUCUAAAUCCAUAGACGUUCGAGUGCACAACCCAUGCUUGAUUUCUGUCCACAACAUACCAUUGCAAUCUUGGUUCAUAGCACAAUUUUUUUUUGUAAGGGGCAUUUUAUACUAGAUGAACACUUUAAUAUCUUGCAAAAGGAUUUGUUCCUGGCAGCGAUAAUUGUC